AUGAAAAGAUGCUUGUCAAGGCUGAAGAAGGUGAUCGCAAUUCUGACACUGACGGAGGUAGCCAGAUGUUGGUUUCCCACCACAUGCAAAGGAGCCGCAGGGAAAAGUGCAUACGCCUGCACAGAAUACGUUAUUCCCAAUAGCAUCGUUAAGAAGCCCGCGGGAAAGUAUAUCCCCCUCCGCAGAAUACUCACCGUGAGACGUAAGAAAAAUGAAUUUUCAGUGCAAAGAUAUGGUCCCCAUUACCAAAGCGAUCGGAGCAACUGGGUAGGGAAAAGAAUCUCCUUCCUAUUUUUUCGUGUAAGUGCACAUAUAGGUGAAAGGAACCAAAAUGAUCAGACAGCUCGUCCGAAUAGGCACCACGUAAAUCACAUCCGAAGAAGGUACCACCUUGCCCCUUCCAUGCAAGUGUUCUCAUCUAAUGGACAAUGUGAUACCGAUGAUGAAGACCACAAAAAAUCAACAGGCGAAUGCAUGAAUGAGAACCUUCCGAAUGAAACAAACAAACCGUUAGAAUCGGCUCAGCAGAAGGCGGAAGAAGAAUGCGAGAGGAUUUUCCUAACCGACACCAAGUAUUAUAAAAGGAGCAAGUACUCCAAAGCAGGUUACAUAAAAAAAAAAACGGAACAAGGUGAAUUGAAAAAUAGCAACAAUGGAGAUCAUUUGCAUCCAAAGGGACUGCUCCACAGGGAAUUUCCUCCCAUCACAUUUAUUGAAUCUGAAGAUGAUGUCCUUACAGGUCGUUUGAGAAAAGGCGCACAAAAUGAGCACGCCAAUUUGCCAGAAUUCUUUUUCAGUAAUUAUUAUGCGGAUAAGAAUAGGCCCAACGAGCUGGAUUUAACGAUAGACAAGAAAAAAGAAGAGAGUACCUUACCAGUGGGUAGUAAAAGCAGUAACCAAAUGGGUGAGAAUUACAGAAAUAGUAACCACAGUAGUAGGAAUGUAUCCAUAAUGAACGAGUUCACAGUGAUAGGAGAAAUUGUAGGAGUGCAUGGACUACGAGGGUGGUUAAAGGUAGUGAGCUUCACAACAUUUAACGAUAUUAGAUUCAAGAAAAAUAUGUACAGGUAUUUAUUUAUGAAUACAUACCCAUACCCUUUGCCAAUUAAAGUGACAGAUGUGAAGGAAUCCUUAAAGGUAGGAUUUCUAUACGUCAAAAUUGAAGGAAUAAAUUCAAGGACAGAUGCACUUAAAUUAAAGUCUUGUCUAAUAUGUGAUGAUAAAAGAAAUUUUCCAGACUUAGGUGAAAACCAGUACAUAUCUACUGACCUACUGAACUUUGACAUAUACAUUUUCAACGACCUCACGAAUACCUGUAUAGGGAAAGUCCUCUCCUUUGUUUCCAAGUAUGAUUAUAUAUCUAAAAAAUCCACACAAAGUAUUGCAGACGAUUUGAUAAAAAUUCAGAUAAAGAAGGAGAUUUCUCUGCAGAAGGUUUUCCACAUCAUAUCUGCUGCACGCAUGUACACCAUGCGAUCGGGGGGCUCAUCCUUUCCCACAGGGGAGGGGGAAAAACUCAUAAGAGUGCUCAUCAACCGGAAAGGCUUUUCCGUCACGGGUCAGCCGAGUGAUGCCUUAAAGGAUGAACCACUCGGGGAGAAGCACGACGACUACAGUGGCGACAACCAACACGACCACGUCUUGAACGAGCGCGAUCACACCUUAAGCGACGAACCGGUAAAGGGGGACAAGAACUACUACGAUUCGCUUGAUAACUUCGAAGGAUGCUCGUACAAAAAGAUUUAUAAGUGUGAUUUCUGUGAAAAUGUGUACGAAGAUUUGCGGGAGGCGACCGAACACGAAAAUUCUCACUUCCCCACGGAUGAGGAACUGCUUUUUAACGCAUCCCAGGUGAACUCCCCCAAGGAAAAUUUAUAUGAAGUGGACAAGAACAUGGUUUCCAAGAUAAAGCCUAUCGACUACUUCUUCAUCCCCAUCGUGAAGGAAAAAACGAUAAGAUCCGUAAACUACGAACUGAAGCAAAUGUACCUCGACAUAUCAACCAUUUUUUUGUUGGAUGACCAGAAGAAGACUUAG